AUGGAUGUCCCUGCAUCUGCAGCGGACCUUGUUGCGGCUGCUACGACUUCAACUGGUGUGGCUUUGGAGGCGGCUGUUGUGGUGGCGGUGGUGGUGGAUGCUGUGGCUUCAGAGGCGGUUGUGGAUGGAACUGCGGUGGUUUUGGAGGUCGUUGUUGCUAAUAGCCCUCUGCUCUAUUCCUUGAACCGAUCAAUACAACGUUCUUUUUGA